CUUUCCCUCUCUCAGUGUGUCACCACUUCAUAUCCUUCAUGGUGUUCUGACCAGACACCAUCAGAGGGAAGAAAACAAUCACUCCACCAUUCAUUUGCUCUCAUAGUGACAUGCAGCACAGAGGGCGGCUGCUGCUGCUGCUGCCGUGUACACAGAGAAUUAUUAAAACCACACGCCUAUCUCGCAGUUCAGAGAAGAUCCAGUCAGCACUGAAGGCAGGAAUCUGAGUGAGGGGCUUCAUUUCAAGACAUCUGUCUUCCUCGCUGCUCUUGCGGUUAUCUUCAGCCCUGCAGCAGGAGGCAAAGCAGAAGGAUAAGAAGGUGACUGCUGCUGGUAAUGGAGCUGGUUGUCUGAUGUUUUCCAGCGUGUGACGUUCAGGGAAUGCUUGGAGAACACGGACAUAAGGACUGAGCACAAUGAGCAUCCAGGACAAAUGGGUCACACUGACCCCAGCAGAAUUUGCCUUGCUACAGGAAUAUACUCAGUACUCCACCAAGAAGCUAAAGGAUGUGUUGCAGGAGUUCCAUGGAGACGGUGUGUUGGCUAAAUACAACCCAGAGGAGAGGCAGGAAAUCCUCCAUCAGGAGAUCGACUUCGAAGGUUUCAAGGUUUUCAUGCAGACGUUCCUGGAGAGUGAACUCCCUGAAGAGUUCUGUCAACACCUCUUCAUGUCGUUUAGCAACAAAGGACCUAAACCAAGUCCCUCAUCUACCGACAAGCCUAAAGUCUCUGGCCUUAAGCUCAUCAAAAGCAACUCCACUCCUCUGAAGACCCCUGCCCUGCCUGGGCCUCAGGAUACGGUGCAACUGAAGGAUAUUGUGUUUUACCUCUCACUGCUGGAAGGCGGGCGCCCUGAGGACAAGCUAGAAUUCAUGUUUCGGCUCUACGACACAGAUGGAAAUGGAUCACUUGACAGCUCGGAAUUGGAGCACAUUAUCUCCCAGAUGAUGCACGUAGCAGAGUACCUGGAAUGGGACGUGACGGAACUCAAACCAAUCCUUCAGGAAAUGAUGCAUGAGAUUGACUAUGAUCAGGAUGGCACGGUGUCACUGGGGGAGUGGAUUCAAGGGGGCCUGACAACCAUCCCUCUGCUGGUCCUUUUGGGCCUGGAGACGAAUGUAAAAGAUGACGGGCAGCAUGUGUGGAGAUUGAAGCACUUCAACAAACCCGCCUACUGUAACCUGUGUCUCAACAUGCUAAUUGGACUGGGGAAGCAGGGACUCUGCUGCUCAUUUUGCAAGUAUACGGUCCAUGAGCGCUGUGUGGCUCGCGCUCCACUGUCUUGCAUCAAAACAUAUGUGAAGUCCAAGAAGAACACAGAGGUAAUGCAUCAUUUCUGGGUGGAGGGGAACUGCCCCACCAAGUGUGACAAGUGUCACAAAACCAUUAAGUGUUACCAGGGCCUGACUGGGCUCCACUGUGUUUGGUGUCAAAUCACGCUCCAUAACAAGUGUGCUUCCCACGUGAAACCUGAGUGUGACUGCGGACCCCUGAAGGAUCACAUCCUGCCCCCAAACUCAAUCUGCCCUGUUGUUCUGGAACGGCAGUCGACUCUGAGGAAGGACUCACGGUCAAGCCAGUCGAGUCGAGGAAAGAUGCAGAGAGCCAAUUCUGUGACGGUGGACGGCCAAGGGCUGCAG